AUGGGGAGCGCCCCGAGUUUCUUCCCACAACCACAACGCAGGAGGUUACUCUUCCUUCUGCUUGGUGCCGGUAUCGCAUUCUACCUGCUGAGAUUGAGUUACGCAGCUCCACGCCCAUUUGAUCGACAUCCCGAGUCAUAUCUGGACACACAGCCUGCCGUUUCCAACACUCUUUCGACCCACAGCGCGCCCACCACUCCAGACACGACGAUUCCGGUCGCAAAAGCUCUGACACCCUCUCGUGCGAAGAGUCCAUACUGCGUCGCUGUCUUUCUUGGUGCAUAUCGUGAUUACCAGAAUGGCGACGAUGACUAUGACGACGACACAUAUUUUGUCGGCGCACGAACACUAGUGUAUCAGCUGCUCCAUGCGCCCACUACCAGAUUUACGGAUCCCAUUGAGACAGAUCCAAUUCCAGUGAUAUUGCUGGUGACAAAAGAUGUCAGCGAAAGCAAGCGCAAGCGGCUUGAAGCAGAUGGAGCAACCGUGAUCGAGAUUGAAGCAAUAGAUGCGUCUUGGGCAAAUGGACGUUAUAAACAGGUGCUCACGAAACUGCGUCUAUUUGAUCCUGAACUGCUCCCAUACGAAAAGGUCUUUGUAAUGGAUACAGACAUGGUGAUUACGCGACCAAUUGAUGCGAUCUUCCAGGACGAGGGUUCUCAGCUUAGGACUAUUGACUAUAAUCGCGCAGGCCCCGACACUGAAAUCGGUCGCCUACCUCAAAAAUACAUGUUCGCUGCCUCGCCAGAGUCUUACGAUUUAGAUCAUCCAUACCCGUUCUUGGAUCUGGAUCCUGAGAACCAAGACUUCAAUGCCGGAUGCAUGUUAUUUUCACCAUCGAAGGAGAUUUAUAACUAUUAUCUAGAAACUCUGAGACAUCCUAAUCUGUUCGGGCAUGAAUUCCCCGAGCAAGAUCUUCUGAACUAUGUUCAUCGAUUGGGUGGACCGAUGCCAUGGAGCAGUUUACAUUACUCGUGGCAUAUAAGUGGUCCGAACGAGAACGAUAUCGAAGGAAAAAUGGCGAUCAUCCAUGCCAAGUUUUGGUCUGAUGGAGAAAGGGCGAUAGCUAGGCAACUGGCAAUCAGCUGCAUGUCAGAAAUGAAGGCAUAUUGGAUUGGAAAGGAAGGGGCUUAA